AUGCGCUGUGAGGGAGCAAGUAUUUCAGCGGGAUGCGGGGAAGGGCGAGUGGUGGUGAAUGACAGAAUAGACAGAGAGGCUUUAUGCGGACAAAGCGCCAGCUGUGUUCUACCUCUGCAAAUUGUCAUUGAUAAACCGUUACAACUGCAUCGAGUUGAGGUGGAAAUACAAGAUAUUAAUGAUAAUUCUCCAAGAUUCCCUUCGCAAGAUAUUGUUUUAGAAAUAUCAGAGUCAACUGCUGCAGGAGCACGUUUUCCUUUGGAGAACGCCCAAGAUCUUGACGUUGGAGUGAAUUCCGUGAGGUCGUAUACCAUAAGUAAAGAUGACUUUUUUAGUUUGAAGAUAAAAGAUGUAUCCGGUGGGAGGAAAGUCCCAGAGCUAGUCUUAUCUAAAUCCGUCGACAGGGAGAAAAAAGCUAGACAUCAGCUUCAACUAACAGCUCUGGAUGGGGGAAACCCAGUAAAAUCUGGGAACUCGCAGAUAAUCAUUAAUGUGCUGGAUAUUAAUGAUAAUUUUCCUGUAUUUGAGAAAAAUAUUUACAAAGUGUCUAUAAGCGAAAAUAGUGUACAAGAUGCACCCCUUCUUAAACUUACAGCUAAGGAUAUAGACAAGGGUCCUAAUGGAGAAGUAGAGUACUCAUUCGGAACACAUACACCAGAUAUUGUUCUUUCUGUGUUUGAUAUAGAUUCAUCAACCGGGGAAAUACGUCUUAUAGGUAAACUAGAUUUCGAAACAAAUGCAAAUUAUGAAGUAGACGUUAGCGCAAAAGACAAGGGAACUCCGAGAAUGGAGGGGCAUUGCACUCUACAUAUUGAAGUGUUAGAUAUCAACGAUAAUGCCCCAAAUAUUUUUCUGACCUCCCAACCAAACUCUGUGCCCGAGGACGCACCAAGUGGUACUGUAGUAGCUUUAAUCAGUGCACGAGACCUUGACUCCGGCGACAACGGUAAAGUGACGUUACAGCUUCCCAGGGGUUCUCCUUUUGAUCUGAAACCCUCUUUUUCUGAUAAUUACGCACUGGUUACUGGUGGUGCAUUAGACCGAGAGAGUCUCUCUGAGCAUAAUGUUGAAAUAACAGCCACCGAUCUAGGCUCUCCUCCUCUGUCGACUAAAAAGACUAUACAUGUCUAUAUUACUGAUGUAAAUGACAACCCUCCUAUAUUUACUCAGCCCUCCUAUAAUGUGUAUUUUAAAAGAGGAAUGGCUUGGUACCACUCCUAUACUGUACUCAGUGUCAGCAUCGACCUGGAUUUUGGUGAAAACGCCAAAAUAUCUACUCUAUUCUGGACUCUAAACAUCUCACAGCAUGCAUCGUUUGACUAUGAGAAACUGAAGGUGUUUCAGAUUCAGGUUCAGGCAAAGGAUCAGGGCUCUCCGUCUCUCAGCAGCAACGCCACUGUCCAUGUUUUUUUCCUGGACCAGAACGACAAUGCCCCCGCUGUUAUUUACCCCUCCUCCGUGCCGGCUCCCUCUUCAUCAGGAGGAUGCCCCGCUCCCGUAAAGCAGGCCACUGAGUACAGUGAUUUCACUUUGAUUAAGCCCAGCAGCACCAAUGACUUUAAGGAGGUGAUCAGUGUCUGGAUGCGUCUUUACCCGACAGCACCUGGACCUUUGAGAGCCAGCAGGGGAGUGAGGACUAAACGCACUGUGUCCGAGCAGGACGACUCCUCUCAGAGGCUGCUUAUAGAGAUUCAGGACCGGGAACCGGUCCAGUCCGCCACCGUCCGUUCAGUCUUCAGGUCCUGUAUGUCUCCGAUGUCAGAGUACAGUGAUUUCACUUUGAUUAAGCCCAGCAGCACCAAUGACUUUAAGGAGGUGAUCAGUGUUCUGGAUGCGUCUUUACCCGACAGCACCUGGACCUUUGAGAGCCAGCAGGUGAGCAAUAUGGAGGGUGGUAAGACCGUUCCAGAACUCGUUUUAGAAAAGCCUCUAGAUCGAGAGAAAAAAGCAGUUCACAAAAUAAUACUAACCGCUUUAGACGGUGGGAAUCCAGUUCGAUCUGGAACCUUACAAAUAACCAUACAUGUGCUUGAUACAAACGAUAACUUUCCUGUGUUUGAAAAAAACAUUUACAAAGUAACUUUGGGUGAAAAAAGUUUACAUGGGGCUGUUGUUAUAAAGCCCAAAGCAACAGAUGCAGAUGAAGGUUUAAAUGGGGAAAUUGAAUUCUCAUUUGGUUCUCGGACACCAGAAUCUGUAUUGUCACUCUUUGAUAUUAACCCCUUAACAGGUGAAAUCACCCUGAAAGGAGAGUUAGAUUAUGAAACUACAAACUCGUAUGACAUUGAUGUAUCUGCAAAAGAUAAAGGCAGCCCUGAAAUGGAAGGCCACUGUCGUGUGCAGGUUGAUAUUACUGAUUUCAAUGACAAUGCUCCAGAAAUAGUUUUCACUUCUCAGCCAAAGCCAAUACGUGAAGACUCACCAAGUGGCACUGUAGUGGCUUUGAUCAAUGCGCGAGACCUUGACUCCAGUGAUAACGGUAAAGUGACGUUACAACUCACCAAAGGUUCUCCUUUUAAUCUGAAACCUUCUUUUUCUAAUAAUUAUGCACUGGUUACAAAUGGUUUAUUAGACCGAGAAAGUUUCUCUGAGUAUAAUAUUGAGAUAACAGCCAGUGAUGCAGGCUCUCCUCCUCUGUCCUUACGAAAAUUAACUGUCAGCAUCACUGAUGUGAAUGAUAACCCUCCUAUAUUUACUCAGCCCUCCAUAAUGUGUAUUUAAAAGAGAAUGGGUACCAGGCCUAUACUGUACUCAGUGUCAGCAUCUGACCUGGAUUUUGGUGAAAAUGCCAAAAUAUCUUACUCUAUUCUGGACUCUAAAGUACAGACGUUUCUGUCUCAUCUUA